AUGUGGAUUAUGUGGUCAAGUGGAUUAUGUCGAUUAAGUGGAUUAAUUGAUUAUGUUGAUUAUGUUGAUUAUGUUGAUUAUGUUGAUUAUGUUGAUUAUGUUGAUUAUGUUGAUUAUGUUGAUUGUGCUGAUUAUGUUGAUUGUGCUGAUUAUGUUGAUUGUGCUGAUUAUGUUGAUUAUGAUGGUUAUGAUGGUUAUGAUGGUUAUGGUGUUGAUUAUGGUGGUUAUGUUGAUGAUGAUGAUGAUGAUGAUGAUUAUGUUGUUGUAUAA